AUGGAGGGACUGGUCCUGCUCAACGCCCUGGUCACCCGGCUGCUGUUCUUCCUGCACUCGCUCAUUGGGGUCUGGCGGGUGGCCGUGGUGAAGAAGGAGCCCAGGUACUGGCUGCUGGCGCUACUCAACCUCCUGCUCUUUCUGGAGACUGCGCUCACCCUCAAGAUCAAGCGCGGCAGAGGCUACAAAUGGUUUUCACCAGCCAUAUUUGUGUAUCUGAUUAACAUCGUUCCAUCACUGUGGAUUCUUGAAGUGCAACAUGGGAACCAGUAUUGUGGUAGCCAAUCUGAAGAACUAUCACAGAAUGCCAGUAGCAAAGAAGACUUCAAUCAAACUCUGAUGUCAAGUGAAGAUGCCCAUGGAGGUGACAGUCUCAUUGAGACGGCCAAAGUGUUUGUAAAUAACUUAUCUACAGUGUGUGAGAAAGACUGGACUUUGGGACUCCAUCAGACAUUCCUGUUAAUGCUAAUAAUUGGAAGAUGGCUUCUACCUAUUGGAGGCACAAUCACUCGGGACCAACUCUCUGAACUUCUCCUUUUGUUUGUGGGGACAGCUGCUGACAUUCUGGAAUUCACAAGUGAGACCUUGGCAGAAAAAACUGUGAGGAAUAACCCUGGCCUAGUCUAUGGCAUCCUUUGUGUUUGGACCUGGAGCAUGCUGCAGUUUCCACUUGACUUGGCAGUACAUCAUGUCGCCAGCCCCUUGUCCCUGAGGGCGAGGGGGUUCCCCAGUCUCUUCUUUUGCCAGUACAGUGCCGACCUGUGGAACAUCGGAAUCAGCGUCUUCAUCCAGGACGGCCCCUUCCUCAUCGUGCGUGUCGUACUGAUGGCCUAUUUCAAAGUGUUCAACCAGAUGCUGGUGUUCUUUGCUGUUAAGAAUUUCCUCGUGGUGAUGCUACACCUCUACCGCUUGGUGGUCCUGGCACUGGGCGCCCGCGCCUCCCUGCGAAGGCGGCCGGAGGACCUGAAAGGAGUGCGGGGCGGCCCGGCCGAACCCCUGGAGAGCGGGGUCUCCCCCGGGGCCUGGGAGGGCGAGUCUAAGGAGGACGUGGCUGUGCCUCUGCGGGCCUCGCCAGGCACCCCGGAGGACUCUCCCUGCACCCCGUAG